AUGCCUUCCACGCACAACUCUUCCUUAAAUCCUCCAGCCGGAGCGCCGCUGCCCCUGCCAUUCCCAGCGAGACUAGAAAGCCAAAUAAAAACGAGGGGAAAAAAUAACAAAAACAAAACCCAACAAACACACAAACAAGACAGACAAAAAAUACUGGCGGCUGCCGACACCUCGGGAGCGCUCUGCUGGGCGAGGGUGCUCUGCGGAGGGGAGACAAGGAAGGGAAAGCGGCCGUCAGCGGGAACCAGCCGGGAGCCGGAGUUUGGCAAACUGCGUCCCCCCUGCCUGCCCCGCUCUCCAGCGGCCGCAGCUCCCGCGGGGCCGGAGCCCCGGAGCCCUGGAGCCCCGGGGCGGCGGUGCCCGGCGGUGCCCCGCACUCACCUGCCCCGGCGGGAGGCGAGCGCGCUGCCGCGGCAGGGACUGCCGGCCGGCCGGGCAACCCCCCAAGACAUCGGCAGCGCGGAAGAACGAACAAACAAACACGGCAAGCCCCAGCUCUGGCACUCAGCCGAGGCGGGGACUGGCGAGGGGGAACGCGAGGAGCAGAGUGGGGGCGAGAGGCGGCGGCCCCCGCUACGGCAGGUAGAGCCGAUGCGGGCGGCGGCACCACCUGCGCCCGCCGCCCCGCGGGCUCCUGCGCGGCCUCGCCAGCCCUGCCCGGCCCUGCCCUGCCGUGUCCUGCCGUGCCCUGCCCGGCCGCCCCCGUCGCCCCGGCCCCACACGCAGACACGCAAACACACACGCAUCCCUGCCCACCUCCCGGCUCGCUCGCCUCGGGUACCCCGUGGGAACCCUGCCCCGUCCCUUCCCGGGCCAUCCUCUCUGCCACCUUUCCCUCCUCCGGCACCUUCUCCCCCUUCCAACACUCUUUUUAUGUUUCCUGCGAGAGUGCAUGUCCCUCGAAGUCCCUGCCCUUUCCCCAUUGGGACGUCACCGUCCCUUGUCCUAGGGGAAGCAGGCUGCGCUGAUGUGGGGUGA